AACCAUGAGGGCCUUCCUCAUUCUGGUGGCGGCGCUAUGCGCUGUGGUCGCUUGCAACGGCGAAGUACAGGGGCCACAUGGUCCUCCAGCCCCCAACCGCGCACCAAGGUCUUCUAAACCUCCACCGGCACCACCAGCACCUCGCCUAACUAGGUCUCCCCAGGGACCACCACCACCAGCACCACCACCAGGCCCUCGCCCACCAAGGUCUCCACAGGGACCACCUCCACCGGCACCAGUACCUCGCCCCCGCAGGUAUAUCCAUGGGCCACCCCAACCAGCUUCUCCACCUAACAACUAUUGGCUUUUGAAGCAAUAAUCACCGAUACGAAGAGGCCGCCUAAGGAAGCUGAGGUUUUAGCUUAGCUCUGCAUUCUGCGAUCAACCGAUCGAUGGGACUGUGUCGCCGUCUAGCUGUCGAGCCACGUUGAGCCUGAGCACCGCCCCUCCUGUGGCUUUUUUCCUGAUUUGAGUAAACUUAAGCGGAAUACAAACGUUAAAAGUU